CUGACAUCCUCUAUACAGAAAUUAUUCAAUCACGAUAAGAUACUGAAUAUUCCUUCAUUGCUUCGCCUUCUACCCCUUCGUCACCUUUUUAUCUUCGUCUCUACUCCAGAUGGACCACCCAUUGUUCAAAAACGUUAUGACGCCUAACUAUAAACAUCUUUAUUGAAACCCUUGCUUUUCACUCAAAUUCCAGUCCAAUUCCCUGUUUUUAACAAGUUAUGUUUCUAUGAUCUUCAACUGUUGAUACCCAUUAGACCCGGAAUACAGAUCAACGCAAAAGUUAAAGUCUUUUUUUGUGAAUUAUGGAUCCUGAUUCGGCUUUGAACUCCACAAAGGCUACACAGAUACCAUGUCAAGAAGAAGAUGCACUAAGCCCAUCCACUGCUCUUCUCCCUUUCAACACUGAUUCCUCUGAUUGUUCAAAUCCUACUAAAAAACACACCACUACCAUCGUCUUCAUCUCACUCCUCCUCGUCGCUUGCAUUUCUCUCUCUGCCGCCGCCGCUUUCGCUUUCCUCUUUUUCUCCUCUGCUUCAACUUCUUCCUCGCCUAUUACGGCGACGUCGUUUUCUGCCGAAACGACUUCUCGUCCGUUGACCAAGCUCAAACACCCUGUGGUUAUCUUGAUUUCUUCUGAUGGGUUCCGGUUUGGGUACCAGUUCAAGACUCAGACGCCGAAUAUUCAACGGUUGAUCGUCAAUGGGACUGAGGCUGAAACGGGUUUGAUUCCGGUAUUUCCUACUCUUACUUUCCCUAAUCAUUACUCUAUUAUCACUGGGCUUUACCCUGCUUAUCAUGGAAUUAUUAACAACCAUUUUGUCGAUCCACAAACUGGUGAAGUCUUUACUAUGAGGAGUCACGAGCCCAAGUGGUGGCUUGGCGAGCCACUAUGGGAAACUGUGGCCAAUCAUGGUUUAAGGGCUGCUACCUAUUUUUGGCCUGGGGCUGAGGUGCAUAAAGGAUCAUGGAAUUGCCCUGAAGGAUUUUGUAUGUUUUAUAAUGGUUCAGUCCCGUUUGAGGAUCGCGUGGAUAAGGUUUUGAGCUAUUUUGAUUUGCCUAGCAGUGAAAUUCCUGUGUUUAUGACGUUGUAUUUUGAGGAUCCUGAUCAUCAAGGUCACAAGGUGGGACCUGAUGAUCCUGAGAUAACAGAAGCGGUUGCUGGAAUUGAUCGGAUCAUUGGGAGGUUGAUUGAUGGGUUGGAAAAGAGAGGGGUGUUUGAGGAUGUGAAUAUUAUUAUGGUGGGUGAUCAUGGUAUGGUUGGCACAUGCGAUAAGAAGCUGAUAUUUUUGGAUGAUUUGGGUUCUUCAAUUCAAAUUCCAGCUGAAUGGGUCCAGUCUUACAGUCCAUUGCUCGCAAUUCGUCCUCCUCCAAGCGUCACACCAUCUGAUGUUGUUAAAAAGAUGAACGAAGGAUUGCAGUCAGGAAACAUUAAAAAUGGAAAGUAUUUGAAGGUGUUUCUUAAGGAGGAACUGCCCAGUAGGCUUCAUUAUGCAGCAAGUGAUAGAAUUCCACCAAUUAUAGGGCUGAUUGAGGAGGGUUUUAAGGUGGAACAGACAAGAAUAAAGCAUCAAGAGUGUGGAGGAGCACAUGGAUAUGACAAUGCUUUUUUCUCCAUGAGGACUAUCUUCAUUGGCCAUGGUCCUCGGUUUGCAAGAGGGCGAAAGGUGCCAUCUUUUGAGAAUGUUCAGAUAUAUAACUUGGUUACUUCAAUUCUCAAGAUUCAGGGUGCUGCCAAUAAUGGUUCUGCAUCAUUCCCAGGAUUUAUACUUUUGCCUAGUCCUUCGUAAAUAUCUCCUAACAAAUUCCGGAGUUGUCUCAGCUGCAGAAAAAUUAAGUGUUAUUGCAACGCCACACAUGAGCAUGCAUUCUGCAACAAAGGUUGAUGUGAAUUAAUGUUAUGACUGUGCACAUGAUAAUUGAAUUAGCAUUGAUCUCCGUUGAGGCAUUCCUGAUUAUAUUAUCACCAGAUUUGAACUUUUUCAUCUGUUAUGAGUUUUCAAAUAUGGAACGUGAUCUGCGGAUGUGUUCUCCUGCCUGUAGCGUGCUACAAUGGCAAGUGAUUGACCCCUUCGUUUUUUAAGAAUUUUCAGCUUUAAUGUAUUUACAGUGCUUUACUUCCACUGGGAGCCUUACUUUUGGCAAGUGAAGAGCCUUACUUUUGGCAAGUGAAGUGCCUUUAUUCAUGGAAUUUGAGUGUUUGUUGCAUCAUUCUGCUAAUGUCUGUAUCAGCAGAUUGACUUUAAGGUUUGAGGCCAAAGUUUCUGGCUUUUACCUUUGAUAGGUGUUAUUUUUAUAGUAUUUUUAAUUACUUUAAUUAGUUUUUAUUUAGUUUUAUUUAUGUUUUUGUUUAAAGUUUCAUUGAAUCACAUUUCACGUGAUCUUGAAGAA